CUUGUUGUUACCCACGAUAAGCUCAUCGUCCACACCAAGGUUCUGCUAAUCGACAUCCCAAUACAAAAUGCGCCAGUCUGUCGCGCCGAGUCGCAUUUCACAUGCUGCGUCCCUCACAUCACAGGCCAAUAAUGCAGCAGCAACGUCACGUUUGCAGGAGAAAAAGAAAGAGUUCGAGGCCGUUGCUGCGCUUGAACGUGCUAGCGCUCUCUUCCUGAAACGCAUAGAGGGUCUUGCAGAGGAUUGCGAGGUUAUGGCCGAUGCUGGCCAAGUACAUGGUCAGGUGCUCGAGCAAUGGCCUCUCAUGUUCCAAAGUUUGAGUUUGUUCUUGAACAGUCGCGAACAGCUCUCGGCAGACUCCAGUGACGAAACUGUACCACUUACCGGAGAACGCCUUGUUCGUGUUCCACUCGAGGAGCUCCAAGCUGAUGCGUCGAAGCAUUCCUGACUGCAUAUCACUGCGUCCCCUUCGACAUACACGUACUUGAUGUCUUGUACUCGAUUUCGUGGCACAUCUCCGGCCCUCUCCGUGCCUCCAGAAGCAUCUAGCCUUCGCUCAACUACAUCUGCGACUGCCUCGAUAUAUUUGACAAGGACUUCUCCAUGUUAGUAAACGCCGUAUUUAACCUGCGAAGGGGGGUAAAGCAUCUUAUCUUUUGGGCACGAUAUGUGCGCACAUGUCGGACGUGGUGUGCCCAUAUUGGUUUUGAAGCAUGACUAGUGUUAGUGCCCAGACAAACCGACAUGACAGAUUUCGAGCAUAAUAUCGGCGUGUAGGCAUCUUGAACUUCUGAAGCGGACAUUACGAAAUCAGUAGCUGCUGAACACACAUAAUACACAUUGUUUCCUGUACUGAUACUCGUAGAAAUUGGGACACCACUAUCGUUUUCAAAGUACGCGGCGUUUUGACUUCCACG